AUGCCGUCGCACGACCCCGCCCAGCUCACCCACCCGCUGCAUGUGAUCAGGGACGCCGCGGGCAUUGGCGGGCUCACCGCCAUACCCGGAACUGCAAUUGGCGCCGUCUCUGGAACACUGCGCUCACAGACUCCCGUUCUGUUUACCAUUGCCUCUGGCAUCCAGUGCUUUGCCCUGGGCAGCACCUUCUGGACCGCUCGCAGCGCUAUCCUCAACCCAGAUGGCCUGCAGAACUGGUGGAAGGCCACUCGCGGGCUGCCUCUGGGCCCUCGCAAUGACCUGACGCCCACCCACUCGGACAAGGUCCGUGCUUCCACUAUGGCCGGCGCAUUCACUGGUCUCAGUCUUGGUCUGCUCUUCCGUGGGCCACGAAAUGCCAUUCCAGGGACUUUCAUGUUUGGCCUCUGGGGCUUCCUAGGCCAACAGGGAUACGACUUCCUCGACACCAAAAAUACCGAAGAAGUCAAGGAAGAAGCGCGUCUGGCCGCCAAGGGGGAGAAGAAGAAGAAUUUCAUGGACCGCAUCGCAGAGAUGAAGUGGAGCCCCAUGGAGGCCCUGACCGACGAGCGCUACGAAGAGAUGCUGCAAGAGAGGCUCCUGAAGUUCGAGGUAGAAAUUGCCAUUAUUGAUGACAAGAUCGAAGGAUUCAGAAAGACGGCACGCGAGAUGGCGGCCAAGGAGGCCAAAGAGCAGCUCGAGCCGAAAGCCCAGCAGCCGAAAGCGUGA